UGACGUCGCCGCUCGCGAGGCCCUCAGGUGGCUUGCCGCGGCCCCUCCUCCCAGAGCGGCAGCCUUUUCCCGCGCGUGGUGCCUUCGGCGCUCGGGCCGCCCGGAGGAAAACAUGGCGUCUGCCCUGGAGCAGUUCGUGAACAGUGUCCGGCAGCUCUCGGCUCAAGGGCAAAUGACACAGCUUUGUGAACUGAUCAACAAGAGUGGGGAACUCCUUGCGAAGAACUUAUCCCAUCUGGACACCGUGCUCGGGGCUCUGGAUGUACAAGAACACUCCUUGGGCGUCCUUGCUGUUUUGUUUGUGAAGUUUUCUAUGCCCAGUGUUCCUGACUUUGAAACGCUAUUCUCACAGGUUCAACUCUUCAUCAGUACUUGUAAUGGGGAGCACAUUCGAUAUGCAACAGACACUUUUGCUGGGCUUUGCCAUCAGCUAACAAAUGCACUUGUGGAAAGAAAACAGCCCCUGCGAGGAAUUGGCAUCCUUAAGCAAGCCAUAGACAAGAUGCAGAUGAAUACAAACCAGCUGACCUCAAUACAUGCUGAUCUCUGCCAGCUUUGUUUGCUAGCAAAAUGCUUUAAGCCUGCCCUUCCAUAUCUUGACGUGGAUAUGAUGGAUAUCUGUAAAGAGAAUGGAGCCUAUGAUGCAAAGCACUUUUUAUGUUACUAUUAUUAUGGAGGAAUGAUCUAUACUGGGCUGAAGAACUUUGAAAGAGCUCUCUACUUUUAUGAACAGGCUAUAACUACUCCUGCCAUGGCGGUCAGUCAUAUCAUGUUAGAAUCAUAUAAAAAGUAUAUUUUAGUGUCUUUGAUAUUACUUGGCAAAGUACAACAGCUACCAAAAUACACAUCUCAAAUUGUGGGUAGAUUCAUUAAGCCUCUUAGCAAUGCAUACCACGAGUUAGCACAAGUGUAUUCAACCAACAACCCCUCAGAACUCCGAAACCUGGUGAAUAAGCACAGUGAAACUUUCACUCGUGAUAACAACAUGGGACUGGUGAAGCAAUGCUUGUCAUCUCUUUAUAAGAAGAAUAUUCAGAGGCUAACAAAGACCUUUUUAACUCUGUCAUUACAAGAUAUGGCAAGUCGCGUGCAGUUAUCUGGACCUCAGGAGGCAGAAAAAUAUGUUCUGCACAUGAUAGAAGAUGGUGAGAUUUUUGCAAGUAUUAACCAGAAGGAUGGUAUGGUCAGUUUCCAUGAUAACCCUGAAAAAUAUAAUAACCCGGCCAUGCUUCAUAAUAUUGAUCAGGAGAUGCUGAAAUGCAUAGAGCUGGAUGAGCGGCUGAAAGCCAUGGACCAGGAGAUCACAGUGAACCCUCAGUUUGUACAAAAGAGUAUGGGCUCACAAGAAGAUGAUUCAGGAAACAAACCAUCCAGUUAUUCUUGAAACUAACAUCCAUCCUGAGCUAAACAAGAGAAACUACCAUCUUGGCCAGUGGCAAGUGUUCGGAGGGCAGCAGAGAGGACCAAGCGUGUGUCACCUGGAGACUAAGAAAUUAAGUUUUGUUUUGACAUCUUCAGUCCUAUGUGCUUUCAGAAAACCAUUCUCUCUGCAAAGAAAGGAAACAGAUUUGCAAACUUUAAAGUCUGUCGUGGAUUUAUUUAUCCUCAGAUUAUUGUUAUUGCAUUAAAUCUACCUUUUUGUUUUAAGUUGCUUGAACAUU